AUGACCUCAAUGGAGAAAUACUUGGGCUUGCUUUUGAUAUGGGGUACUUCUAAAACCGAAGCCCUCAGAUUCUUAGAGAAUAGGAUUGGCUCUAAAGCCCAAAGUUGGAAAAGCUCUCUUCUCUCUCAUUCUUGUGAAGAAGUUAUGGUGAAAUCUAUUCUGUCAUCCAUCCCCACUUAUGUUAUGAGCUGUUUCAGACUUCCUAAGGUAGUGUAUAAAAGGUUAAAUAGUUAUCUGUCAUCUUUCUGGUGGGGUCACAGAGUGGAUCAGAAAUCUUUUCACAUUGAAAGGUCAGAGGCGGAAUCAGUUGAUGAGAUUGUGGAUGAGGAAUUUGGGGGAUGGGCGGGGAUCGGUAAAUCAACUAUUGCCGAAAUAGUGUUCAAUAAAAUCAAGGACAGCUUUGCUGCUCACUAUCAUGCUGCAAGUGUGAGGGAAUCAUUGGAAAAGCGUGCACCUAAUGAUUUACGAGAUGAAAUCUUUCGUGAAUUAUUAGGAGAUACAAGUUUACGCAUAGGCACGCCCCAUUUAUUAGAACCUUCGAUUAAGAGAAGGCUCAGAGCAAAAAAGGUCCUUAUUGUUCUUGAUGAUGCGACUGAUUCCAAGGAUUUAAAGUUGCUACUGGGAGAUAGUGGUUUGUAUUGUCCUGGUAGCAGAGUUAUAGUAACAAGUAGAGAUAGCCAAGUGCUUAGAAAUGUAGUCACGGAUGAAUACAUGUUUCAGGUUAUGGGAUUAAAUAAUAGUGAUGCUCUUAAGUUGUUUAGUCGCCACGCCUUCCCAAACCAUCCCAAAGAAGAAUAUAUGGAGCUGUCACGAGAGGCAAUAAAAUAUGCUGAUGGCAUCCCAUUAGCUCUUGUUGUUUUAGGCUCCAAUCUAUAUGGCAAACUGAUACAAGAAUGUAAAGAUGAAUUGGGAAAAGUUAAAGAUAUUCCUGAUAUGAACAUUCAAAAAGUUCUGAGAAGAAGUUGCGAUGGACUAGAAAGGUUUGAAAAGGACAUAUUUCUGGAUAUUUCAUGUUUUCUCAAUUGGAAAGGAUCGUUUUAG